AUGUGAUAUUACUGUGGACAAGUGGUGGAGCGUUUCUUCUAUUAUUCAUCGCAUAUUCUUUACUGCGACUUGCCAUACUCAUAAUACCAUGAAGCCACGUCGACAGGAUGGUAAUGUCAACGGUCGCGGCAUAAGGCGCGGUAGCGAGGCGGCUAUUAUUAAGCCGGAGAACUUUUACUUCCGUGAGCUCGAUGAUGACUCUUCAUCUUUUGGCUUGCGAUGCAUAGACUUUAUUUCUGCAUCUACACCUUCUAAGCGCCCGAACAUUUUUAUUUCCGCUGAUGUUCUAAACCGUUUGGAUAUGUUUUCUAUGGUUGCAUCUCCUGUAUUCCAUAUACCGCCGAAUUCUUUAGAUUGCAAAGCGGAAGAAGCAACUGUACAGGAUGUGUCGUCUUCAGUGGCUGAGCCGGAAGAAAAGUCGUGUGAUGUGGAUAAGCCACCUCUGGUUCCCGUUGAUCCUCCUGCAUCACCAAGUAAAGUCAAGGAUUGCAGUAAGGAUGUUUCUACUCCUAGUAAUGAUUCUUCUAGAAGAAUUCGUUUACGUACUCCCACAUCUGUUUCACCUGCUUCUUCUUCAUUUAGUAAGAAAUCAACUCCUAUUCGUAUGUCUCUUUCGUUUCAUCUCAAGGGCCUUUUUGAAAGCGCAAUUACCUCAUCAACACUUUCUUAUAUUAGCGGUGAUGACUUGAACUUAGACGAUCAUUCUUUAGAUGGUCAUUAUAAUGAAGUCAUUUCUAAUACUGUGGAUGGAAAUGAGGAUGAUGUUUGUGACCGUAUUAUUGGAAAAGAACGAAAUAAGGUCACAGAUUCAGGGCCAAAGCUUGAAAUUAAGCCAUCAGAAUCCGAUGCAUGUGCCCCUGAUGUUGUAACAUCACCCGUGGUAACUGAUUCACCCAAAAGACCCGUUGGCAAUCAAUCCGAAUGCCAUAAAAAUGAAUCAGUAAUAGAAGAAACACUCGAUACGGGGCUGAAAAAUGAAGAUGCAAGUGGGAAUAUUGGAUUAUGUUCUGAAAAAGUCGUUGAUAAUCCAGAUAUAGUUGACCAUAUGGAGAAGCCGGGAUCUCUCCUUCCGCCGUUGUCCACUCGUAUUGGGAUGGAGGUUUCGGUGUUUAUGAACAAAGACUCUGCACCACCGUCGUUAAAAUUAAACGAAGAUGCGGUUAAACCUUCCAGUAUCCCUGUUAAGUUUGAACAUAAAACUACCAACCCUGCUCCACAAAUUCUAUCUAAAACUCAACUGAUGGCCGUUCAAUCGAUGUAUCGUAAGAAAAGGCCACUAUCGAACAUUGCGAGCAUUUUACCUUUGGGAACAGACAGUAUCUACAAGAAAACCUUAGAUAUUUCCAAGGCUCCACUAAACAUGAAACCCACAGCGGUAAAGGGUACCAAGGACACUACACCUAAGAGGAAAACGGUAACAUCUCUUGAUACUUCCAAGGAUGCUGAUGGACAAUGCAAGGAAGCAUCGGUUUCUACUGUGAAAGAGGUUGACAAAUUAGCCACAAAACGUGCGGACUCCUCGGGUAUACGCAACUUCAACAAGGAACCUAUUCCUCGUUUAAGUGAAAGACGUAGUUCUUUCAACGCUGAUAGAGGUAUAAAACCCAUUAAUACCGUUAUAUACAUGCUCCAAAACGGCUGUAAUGAUGAAUCUGAAGGCAAACGUCGGCAUUCUACGGGUAAUAUGUCUACUUCUCGAUCAAGUAGUUCGCAAUCUCGUGAUACUUCCGUGGUCUCUUAUCGAGACAGGAUUAAUCAAGACUAUGAUCUAUCUAAUGGUCCACAACCAUCUGGCGAGCCUUUGUUGCCACAUGCUCUUACUAACGGGCAUCUGUCAGACAGCCGUAAUGAUCGUGGACCUGCUCGACAGAGCUGUAAGGCUGGCACUGGUUUCAUAGAGGAAUUUAUGCGUUCGGACAGCAGCAAUUAUAAGGAUCGCCAAUGCAAUCGUACGGGUCGUUUCGAGUGGCGUUCUAAUGGCAAUUGGAGAUCUUCAAGUGUUAGUGGUUACCAACGUAGCAUGGACCACCUGUAUAUGCCUUGGCGCAAUGAAUAUGUGUUUGGUCUAUCUUCACGAGGUCAUAACAGUGACAAUUACCGUCCAUACCGCGACACGCUUCGUCCCAUUAUGGAAUGCCAUUACCAGGGCUUAUACAAACCGGAGAUGUAUCGGCGUGACGAUGGUCAAUACGGUCAUCGUCAAUGUGGAGGACGCUAAGCCGUGUUAUGGAAAUCGGUCACA